GGCCCUUUCUGGCUGCCCGGAAGACGUCUGAUCCUGUGCUUUCUGCUGACGACGAUCUUCUGAGCAGAUGAGCACAUUCUUCCAGUUCCUGCAUUCCGGAACUGCGGAGUCGGUGUGCACCUUCUAUUUUGGACCUUCUCUCACCAGAAGGGACGGACUGGACUUUGGUCGAUCCCAUCGGACCGGGCCCGAUUGGUCGACAUCAGGAGGAAAGAACGUGGUUCAGUCUUCUCGAUCGAUGACUAACCGAGUGGAUGAAGAAGAUUCUCGAGGCUUCGAUUCUUAACUACGCUGUGCAGGUUCGUUGAUUUUCGCGUGAGAAUAUUUGGCACGCUCUCCUCUUUCAGGAGGAAGUGAUCAGCAGGACGAAAGAGGUCAACACCCGGACAGGGUUAUCCCUUUCGUAGGAUAUGAAGAUUUUAGUAAUAAAGAAUGUAAGGGAUUCUACAUCUGAAGACUAGACAGGGGGAACUCUACUUCUUUAUUCUUGCGGCGGGCAUGGAUGAGGAGACGAGGGAUGAGCCAUGCUCGUCUUGUCUCCACUCUGUCAAGGGUGACCAAUUCCAUAAACCCUAAGCCCUUGAUCUGGAAAGUCUGCACUUGGUGACGGUGAUGAUGCAAUAGAGGGCGGUGAGAGCGUGGACAACCCUCGAGCUGCCAAUUGAGCACUCACCUCGGGGUUUUCGAAUGGGCUCUGAUUGACUUACUCUCGAAAUGGCCUUGUUUCGGUCACCACAUUGUUUGGAUCUGGAAAUGAGACGUGAGUCUUGAGCGAGUGGUCGAGAAUGGGGUGCUGUUACUUGUGAGGAUGGAGGAGUGCCCGGCAUCGACCGAGUUUGUCAUUGUUGCUUGUUGUUGUCUGCCUGCCCGCCUGGCGUGCUCCGUUCACCUGCUGGCAUUGCUGUCGAUCUGAUCAUGAUAGCAGACGUUCGUCUUUGCGGCGUAACAACUUUUUUGUCAAGUGCACGGAGGGAGAAAGCACAAAGCAGGGGCCGAGUGUCCAAUCGUCUGCACGCCUUCCCAAUAUGGGCGAUUCGUUGUUAGGCUGAUACCGCACCUUUCUCUAAGCAUGGGUAGUAGGCUUGUUCUACUCCGGCAGUCUCAUCUCCAGAGGUAGGGCGAGGUUCGUGCCCGUGCCUGGACGCUGCCUCUCUGGAGCAUUGAAGUUAAGUAGCGGCCGGCAAGCGUGACAAUCAGGAGGGAUGAAAGGAAUUUGAGUUGUUGGAGGGCUGCGGACGUUGCAACGUCUCCUUCCAUUUCAGAUUCAAAUGAAAUCUCUUCAACGAUCCACGACUUUACCAUUGCUCCUGCGUAAAAGAUGGGGAGAAUUGCGAUUUGUGCCUGGUGUAGAUGCACGUGUUUUUGCAAGAUCUGAGCCGCAGAGGAUUUCCUCCGCAGCCGCAAAUGGAAGCCAGGAAAAUGUUCGACAGGGUUUUGUCAAUGAUAUUACUACAGACGAUGCUCAAAGAUGGAGCUUUUUGUCAAAAUUAAGGUUCUUGGCAGCCGGGGGAUUGGAGCUGCAAGGUGUGAGGUUUUCGUCGACUUGGUCUGCAGUGGAAUAUGUGGAGGGCUCGACCCAGACAUGGUUAAGAGAGUACCGCCUGGGGCUUAAAGAAAGUCAGAGAAUAGAAGAGGACAGAGUUGAAAAUGGGGUGCAUCAUUCUAACGCCAGAGUGCAGAAAAGUCAUCAUCAGACUGAUCAUCAUCGAGGACAGUGGGCGAAAAUAUACGGGCAUGGAAGAGACGAAAAGGUGGCCAGAGUCUGCCGACUUCUUACAGGGAAGAAAUGGUGGGGACCUGACCUUAUCUCAACAUUGGAUCGAAUGGAACUGUCACUUGAGCCUUACAUUGUGAAUCAAAUUUUGAAGCAGCAGCAGAGAGUUCAAGUGGCCGUGGGUUUCUUUCAGUGGGCUAAGGAACAAAAGGGAUAUAAGCAUAAUACUUGUGUGUACAAUACCAUGAUUGGAAUCGUGGGCAGUAAUAAGGAUUUUGUAGCGAUGAAAGGUCUAAUGGAGGAAAUGCUGCGCGAUGGUUGUGAGCCUAAUGCAGUCACAUUCACAGUGAUCAUUCGAAGCUUUGGUGCCAAAAAAAUCGACAAAGCUGUUGACACCUUUGAGCAUAUGAAGGAAUUCGGUUUUCCUCCAGAUGUUGCAACUUAUAACUGCUUAAUCGACUUGCUCAUAAAGGCAGGAGAUGAUCAGAAGGCCUGGAGCUACUUCGAAAAACUGAAAGAGUCUGGGCUGGAGCCGGAUAGGAUCACCCACAACAUUUUGUACAGCAGCUUUGUCAAGUGUGGCAGAGUGGAUGAUGCGUGCACGCUCACGAAAUCUCAUCUUCCUGUGAGCAAGUACAACUCCUUAAUACAUUUUCUGGGAAGAGGCAAUAAUUUGGAGGAUGCCUUGAAGGUCUUCCACAAUAUGCAAGUCAGAGGCAAGCCCGACAAUUUCACUUAUUCGUCCCUCAUUACAUUCUUUGGGAAGGCUGGCAAAGUAGAUGCUGCUUGGGAGUUCUUUCAGGAAAUGAAAAGAUCUGGAUGUAAACCCGAUGUGGUGGUAUAUAGUGCAAUUAUGAGUGCUUUUCGGAAGGCUGGUAAAGCAGACCAGGUUCUUGGCCUGUUCAGCGAGAUGAAAAGACAAGGUUGUGAGCCAGAUCGAGAAUCAUACAGUGAUCUCAUUCAUUCCUUAGUGGAAGCGAGUAGACCAGAAUUAGCGUGUAAGUUUCUGGAGGAGAUGAAGGAAAGAGGAUUUGAACCAAAGAUCACAACCUACUCGGAUGUUCUGUGGAUGCUGGGAAAGGCAGGUAUUAUUGAAGAGGCCGUCAGAAUCUUCCAGGAGAUGAAAGGACUGUGGCGGAAGCCCAGGGUGAAUUCUUAUCACUCAAUGAUCGUUGCAUUCAGUUUGGCCGGAAGAAUGGCUGACGCCAUGGAUAUAUUCAAGGAAUCUCAAGAGGUUGGCUGCAUACCGGUUAGUGAUAUGUACUCCGAUCUGAUCCACGGAUUCUGCAAAGUCGGGGACAUUGGUUCUGCCCGUGAGCUGUUUCUUGAGAUGAAUGCUAAGGGUUUUUUCCUUGACCUUCUGACGUAUAACGUUCUCAUUAAUUCCUUAUGCAAAGCGAAACGGGUAGAUGAGGCCUUGCAACUCUUGAAGAAAAUGCCUGAAAACGGGUGCAUUCCCAACGUCGUAUCAUAUACUACCCUCAUCCGAGGUUUUGGUGAUACCGGUCGGGAUGAUUUGGCAUUUUCCCUGUUCAAAGAAAUGAAGGAGAAAGGUUGCACGCCGAAUGUAAUCACAUUCAAUACGCUGAUCAACAUGUUGACUAAGAAAGGAAAGUCUCAUGAGGCCUACAAGCUCAUUCAAGAAAUGGAGCAAAGCGGCUGUCCUCUGAAUGACUGUACCAUGCUUAACGUGGAACGACUUGUGUCGAAUGAAGAUCAAGGUUGAACAGCAUUUUCACUGUCAGUAUAACGAAGACGGAGAAGUCUGGCCGUGCCGUAAAACUAUAAUACAUUUGCCAGCUCAUCGUGACUUCAGAUAGCUAUGGGUCGAGGUUUCAACAAAUCAUGUUUCUGACUGUUUAGUCCAGCCUGCUUUACCGCUAAAGACGGGCAACAUGAAGAAGUUUAAUCAGAGGAUAGUGGUAUGCAACUGUAGUCAUCAACAACGAGGACAACGGGUAUAGAUAUCUUUCAACAAAUGUACAUGGAUUACAUCGCAUCUUCUUCCUAGAGGUUUCUAACUCAUCAUUUAUGGCGUAAGUUUGCAAAUGGUGAUGAUUCGAUCACAUGCUAUGAUGGCACAGUGCUGGUGUUGAAUUAUAUGUGUAGGAGAACAUCUGGGAAUUAUAAUCAAGCUCUAAUUGGUAGGUUCGUGAAGCGCUUACUUUGCGAACGGUACUAGUAAUGGAGCUUCCUUCAGACCAUGUUCAUUUUCAGUUAGAAGCUAGUAAGAAUGUUUAGAAAUCUUGAU